GGUAAGCAGGUUUCUCAUGACCUUUCGCCUCACAGUUUCUGUCACCCCUUGUAGACUGUGCGGAGGUAAUAAUCAUAACUGGAAGCAGGUACACAAUGGCAGAGGCAGGUAAUGGGUCUCCUACUGCUGAUUACCAGCGUUUCAGCGAGAAGUAUCCUACUGGUGUUUUAUACAAUGAUGCAAGCAAAGCCAAAAACCAGCCAACAACGAGCAAAACCAGUUUGGUCAAUCAUCCGGAAGCAAACACUGAUGGGAAACCCUACAUGUGUGGGGAGUGUGGUUACAGAGCGGUUCAAAAAUCUACCUUAUACUUACAUAUGAGAACACAUACUGAUGACAAACCCUACAAGUGUGACCAGUGUGACUAUUCUGCUUCAAGAAAAUCCAGUUUGGACCAACAUCUAGCCAAACACACUGGUGAUAAGCCCUACAUGUGUGGGGAGUGUGGAUACCGGACAGCUCGGAAGUCUCAUUUGUCUCAACAUAUGAGAACUCAUACCGGUGAAAAACCCUACAAGUGUGACCAGUGUGACUAUUCUGCAUCAACAAAAGGCAAUUUGGAAAGACAUCUACCCAAACACACUACUGAUAAGCCAUACAUGUGUAAGGAGUGUGGUUACAGGUCAAAGCAAAAGUGUCACUUAUCCCAACACAUGAGAACACACACGACUGAAAAACCAUUCAAGUGUGACCAGUGUGAAUAUUCUGCUACACAUAAAUUGAGUUUGGACCAACAUCUAGCCAGACACACUGGUGAUAAGCCCUACAUGUGUGGUGAGUGUGGAUACAGAACAGCUCAGAAGUCCGAUUUAUCCAGACAUAUGAGAACUCACACGGGUGACAAACCCUACAAGUGUGACCAGUGUGAUUAUUCUGCUGCAGUGAAAUCUACUUUGGACAGACAUCAAGCAAAGCACACUGGUGAUAAGCCCUACAUGUGUGGUGAGUGUGGGUACAGAACAGCUCAGAAGUCCGAUUUAUCCAGACACAUGAGGACUCACACGGGCGACAAGCCCUACAAGUGUGACCAGUGUGACUUUUCUGCUGCGCAAAAAUACAACUUGGACAGACAUCUAGCAAAGCAUACUGGUGAUAAGCCCUACAUGUGUGAGGGAUGUGGGUACAGUACAAGUAAAAAUCUGCCUUAUCCCUACACAUGAUGAGAACCCACCCAAGAGAGAACCUCUGAAAGUUUGACCUGACUUUGUGACUUUCUGCUUCUUAAAGGAACGUCUUGCCAUGCGUAAGUUUGAGAAACCCUACUCGAGGGUCAAGAACAGGACAGCUCGGAAGUCUACGUUGCCGAAAAUAUGAAAAUUCAUAAAUGGGGAAACUCUACAAAUAUGACCAGCGGGACUAUAUUCUGCAGCACACAAAACAUCUUCUUGGAUAAACAUUGUAGAACACCCUAGCAAAAACACCACAUUUUUUUAGCUUUGUAAUGUGAUUUCAAAAGAUUUUUAAAAACUGUCUUUUAUCCGAACAGACAGCGUAUCAGUGAUGUAUGUCAUCUGGCUGUAAUGAACACUCAUGUCAAAAUCUGAUUGCGUAGUCGGUGGAAGAAUAACUCUACAACGAAAGCAUUUACUCGUAGAAAUAUACCGUUUGUUGCAACAUGCAUGUUAGAAGAACACAAUACCAUGCUAUAUGACUAAAUUGGGGCAUUGAUCUUGUUUUGUGAAGUGAGCUUCUGUGACAUGAAAUGUUGUUUUAGUUAUUAAUGGCUGAUAUGUAAGAACAUAUUAACUAAUUAGUGAAAAUAA